GAAAAAUUCGUUUUAAAUAAUUGUUGAUGAUUUUUGUAGGAUACACAUAAGAGCCAACAUCAUAUUUUGACUUCCAUAAGCAUGAUGGAGGGUUCCAGAGAGGUGGUGAUAGAAAUAGAGAGAGAGAAAGGACCAGCUGAUCUUGUAUAUUGCCUGUCUUGUUUCUCCUUCUGGCUGUCCAGCUGGCUGUGUGGUGCCGUGGCGUACAUCAUGGCUUAUAAGGCAGAAAAGGCAAAGAAAUACGGCGACUCCCUGCGUUACAAGUUGUUCAGCAGUGUAGGCAUCAGUCUGGCAGUAAUAGGAAUAAUCAUUGGUCUGGCAGUCAUCGUGUCCUUCUUUAAAUUCAUCUUCCCGGUCUGGUACCGAUCUCUCUAUUUGACGGUGGAACCUGACUACGUCUGGGAGUGAUGAGGCUUGGACAAUAGCUAUACUUCCAGAAAAUGAGUAGGACGGUGUAUUCAUGUGAUAUUUUUAAUCAUGUAAUUGGUUCAUUCAGAGUAUUUGGAUUUGUAUGUUCAUACUUAGUAAUAAACAAAAUAUAACAAU